AUGCGCUUUAACGGCAACCGUUGGACCAAAGCCGUGAGCGACUGGGUUCCUCGCGAUAUGAAGCGCACUAUAGGAAGACCGCCGACCCGAUGUUCAGAUUUCUUCACGAAGUCCUUCAAAGAAAAUUAUGAUGCUCUUUGUGUCCCACGCGAAAGGAGAAACCACUGGGCUACUCUGGCACGCGAUCGGCGACCAGUUCGAAGAUCAACGGGAGUCAAGGUGAUCAAAGUGAUCAAGGUGAUCCUAGAACGCUUGCAUUCCGCAAACAGUGAAAACGAAAUCAGCGUCAUCAAACGCUCCAUCGAAAUGGUAACGGAAGGCGUACGUCGUAUUUCAUGCGAAGAAAGAAGAUUCGGAGUUCGGAAAGAAGAUCACGGACAAGGGGAGAGGGGUGGGGAGUGGAACUACGGAACAGGUUUCACAAGAUAA